UUAUGUAUAUGUUGGAUACUAUAGAAGAAACAUGUAUUCUUAACUUAUAUACGAUAAUUCGUAUAUUAUAACUGGCUUUUGUUAUAUUAUGAAUAUACUUAAUUAAAAUUAGGCAUUCCGGAGGAUCAUUAUUAUUACCCUAACCUCUCUGACCAAAAUUGUUAUGCUCUAAAAAGAAGGAAAUAGUUGUUACAAUACUUGGAGUGUAACAAGUGGGGGCCUGUGUCCGGGAGCAUAACACUGAAUUUCCUUUAAAAUGAAUGUAGAAAUGGCAGAGAGGUUUGAAGAUAUAACAAAGGAGAAAUUACAAAAUUUGAAGCUUCAAUCUUGUUGGCAAUUAGCACGAAGCUUGGGCAUAAAAUACGACAGGCAUUUCACUGCCCAGACAGUCAGAUGUAUGAUACAGAAUGUCCUUUUUCCAGAUGAGCAGGAUCCAGAGAUCGAGAAUGGAGAAGCAGAUAUUCCUUCCUUUUUGAAUUCUUUUCUACAGACGCCCGAGGCCGAAACUACGACGCUAACAACCCCUCUGGAGACGACGGACAUGAACUUCCUGAUACUCGGAAACGCUACGCUGCUACAACGACUCCAAUUCCAUCUCCAAGGACUAUAUGGGGAACAGAACUCAAUCACACUAAAGAAACGGAUCCAGGCCUCAUCUAGCAGACCGUCUAAUAGAUGACUUUACCACGACAGUGCUUCAGAAGAAAAGGUCCGAG